UUUACUUUGUAUAGAUGUGUGUUUCCUUAGAACACCUCUUUGGACAUCUACAUCCGCCUGGUCGCACUGUGCCCUGGUCGCAGUCAUGUGCUCCUCCGCCACCGCGCCCACUUUUUGCUAAGAAAAACAGCGUGAUGCGCCGCAGCGCCUAUAGUGCUGGUUCAAAGAACACAUACCCCAACAAUCCACAGGGAUACUCCAGUUUCAGUACACAUCGCGCAUUCAGUUGUUCGGCUGUUAUUUUGUAGUCUGCACUAUGGACGACCAAGAAGAGGUUGCAAUGAAGGGAUCCAAAAGACAAGAGCGUCAACAAGGUCCAGCCAGAUACAGUUCUCAUGACGUCGAAGCUCUGGAGAAUCCAGACACUGAUAUUGGACUGUGCGGGUGGCUGCUGGUUGGACUCUCUCUGCUUCUCAUGCUGGUUACUCUGCCCCUCUCCAUAUGGAUGUGCAUUAAGAUCGUGAAGGAGUAUGAGCGCGCUAUUAUCUUCCGCCUCGGGCGUAUUUUGCGAGGAGGAGCAAAAGGACCAGGUUUGUUUUUCAUCUUGCCGUGCACCGACAGCUUCAUCAACGUGGACAUGCGCACCAUCACCUUCGACAUCCCUCCACAAGAGGUUCUGACCAAAGACUCUGUGACGGUGAGCGUGGACGGCGUGGUUUACUACCGGGUCCAGAAUGCCACCCUGGCCGUGGCCAAUAUCACUAACGCGGACGCCGCCACCCGGCUGUUGGCUCAGACCACGCUGAGGAACGUGUUGGGCACCAAAAACCUGGCAGAGAUCCUCUCCGACCGCGAGGAGAUCGCCCACAGCAUGCAGUCGACUCUGGACGACGCCACUGACGACUGGGGGAUCAAGGUGGAGCGGGUGGAGAUCAAGGACGUGAAGCUGCCCCUUCAGCUCCAGAGGGCCAUGGCGGCCGAAGCGGAGGCCAGCCGCGAGGCCAGAGCCAAGGUGAUCGCAGCAGAGGGGGAGAUGAACGCGUCCCGAGCCCUGAAAGAGGCCUCGCUGGUGAUCGCCGAGUCCCCGUCGGCCCUGCAGCUGCGCUACCUCCAGACCCUCAACACCAUCGCCGCCGAGAAGAACUCCACCAUCAUUUUCCCGCUGCCCCUGGAGAUGAUGCAGGGAUUCAUCAAACACUGAGGAGCCUGACAGAGACCACUGCAACCUCCGCGGAGACGUCUCGUUUCUUUUAACCCAGCGGUGCUCUGAAAAUACCCCCUUUCUUUGUUUUUUUUUAGGUUUUUAUUUGAGCUAAUUCGGUGUGUUUUAUAAGUCGAAAAAGCAAACAUUUGCCGUGAGGCUGAACGGAGGGCGAGACCGUCGGUGUGUCCGCCAGACAAAUUUUAGCGUCAGAAGAACAAACGCAGCCAAACCCGCCUUUGAGUCGCGCUUUCGAUCUUUUCUUUACACGUACAGUAACCUCUAACAUCCCCAUCACCAGUUUUUGAAAGGAAAGUGCCUGCAUCUAAUCACACACACUUACACAUCUCUUGAUAUCGUUGCACUGCUAAGACGACUGCCAGCAUUAUAGUGUCAAAAAAAUCCCUUCAUUUUAUUUUUUUAACACAUCAACACUGGCUGUAGCUUUAGUUUUAGCCCCUUCAAUUUAACUGAAGGUUUUUUCAAGCUGCUUGAGCAGAAACGCACCGUGUAACGCCCCUCAAUAAUAACACUUGUCAGAUUAUACAGUAUACUCAAUACUGUAUUGAGAAGGGAUGUGCUGGUUGCAAAGAAGCUCAGUUUUGGUUUCGUACCAGCCUUUCAGGUGGUUAAAAACAUUGUAUUUUUCAGGUUGGUGGCGUCGAAUGGCGUGUUGAUGGAAUCCCUUCAGAAAAAAGGAUCAGGAUGACACAAAUGUUGCCAAAACGUCAGGUUAUAAACUGAGCUUUUAUUCUUUUUCUUACCUCUGUUGGUCGCAACUCAAUGUAUUUCAUGCUAGUUCCAGUCUGCUUUCUGUUCAUCUACAAUUCAUGAAAUAUUUCUGCGUGCAGUGUUGGUCUUAAACAAUCAACUAGACUAGCAUCUGACAGUCUAAAUAUAGACACUUAUCAGCAGCUCCCAGCUGUCAGUUGUGCCUUCCUUUCUAUUUUUUCCCCCCCUACCCACUAUUUUUAUUCUCUGCAUUGGAAACACAGGGGCUCAAAUCUCUCAGCCAGACGCCUUAACUCACUGCCAUCCGUUCAUUUUCACCCAACAUUUAAUGCAUCCCCUGGGAAAUUCUUUAACUGAUCAUACACUGUGGGAGUAACACAAGCCAAAUACCUUUUAGAUGUAUAUUCUGAUAUUUCAAAUAGAUGCACUGUACUCUAUGGUUUUUAGUCUGUAGUUCUCCAUGUUUAUUAUUAGUAGGAAUAGUAUAGCAUUCCAAGUGUAAUAAGCCAGUUGACAGACAGUGGAUUGAGCUUUGUAUCACACAGCAAACUCAAUUUGCAUGUUUAUCUUUUUUGUCACUUCGUGGAAAGGCUGUUAUUUUGUACUGUUAUAAAUAGUAAUGCAAUUGUGUGUUAUUUUUUGCCAUGGAAAGAUUAUUUGCUGUAGAGCUUAUAUGAAGUGUAAACUGAAGGUCUGCUCCAGGAGGGAGAGGAAUGGAAAAAGACACAAAAACCUGGCCAGCUAUGUCUGGUUCUUGCGUCUUUCCACUUUCUCCGGCAGCUUUGUUACGAGUUGUUGCACUCGCAGGUCAGUAAUGUGAUUUUUAUUUUCAUUUUUGCUAAAGCCUUAUGCACAUCAGUGUUCUUACCCUUUAUUAGGAGGUGAUUGCAAACCGUUUAGCGCAGUUGGAGUUUCAUUGAUUUUUAACUUGAAUCCACAUAUAUGCAACCUCCCAAUAAAGAUGCUAUAAAAAA